CUUGCAUUAACAUUCACCAUUGCGUUUACCGAUUUGAGUGCAUUAAUUACUAAAUAUGCAUAUUUAAUGUUAUCUUUUGGAGUAAUUAUUCUAGUAUUAUACAUAAUAUUAUCGAACAAAAACCACAACCAUUUCUGCUCGUUUCUGUUCGUAUAUUUUUUAUUUAAAAAUAAAAAACCGCUUAGUCCUGUUUCCGUUUCCGUACAAAUCAAAGGUCAAGGACUGAGGGGCGGAACUGCAAGUGACAGAUUCCAGCUGUUUCCAGUUCCUUAACCGCAUUCCGUGUCAACGUCAAAUGAGGUACAGAGGGGACCUGUUAGUGGUUAAGUAUGGGAGUUGUUUUUGCCGAUCUCAGAUCUCAGGGCGAUACAGGUCAGAUGUUCUUGCUACGCGGUUGUACUGCAGCCAGAGCUCAAAGGACCCACCCAGCAAACUUCCGUUGCUGCAGACCAGCAUGAACACCUUGCAGAAGGUGACCGAAGUGGGUAAACAAUUUGGGCAGAACACUGCCAAGCAGAUAGCAGCAUCCACAAACUUAUUGUGGGCGAGAUAUGAAGAGUUUGUGGGUCUGAACGAAGUCCGGGAGGCACAGAAUAAAGUCACAGAGGCUGAGAAGGAGUUCAUGGUGGCCAGAGGGAUCGUCCGAGAGUCCCAUGAGAGCCUGGAGACUCUGCAGGUGAAACUAAAAGAGGUUCGGGAUCGGCUGGACCGAGUCUCCAGAGAGGAGGCCCAUUACCUGGAGCUGGCCACCCUUGAGCACAAACUGCUACAGGAAGAGCGACGUCUCCGGACUUCGUAUGAAAACGCGGAAGAGUCUGAGCGUGUGAAGUUCUCUUUAUUUUCGGUGGCGGUGCGGGAGAGCCACGAGAAGGAGCGUACGAGGGCCGAAAGGACAAAAAACUGGUCCGUCAUCGGCUCGGUACUGGGGGCCUUGAUUGGGGUGAUGGGUUCCACCUACAUCAACAGGGUGCGUCUACAGGAACUGAAAAACCUGCUGCUGGAGGCCCAGAAAGGACCAAUAAGCCUUCAGGAAGCCAUCAAGCAGCAGGCUGCCAUGCACAACUCCCAACAGGAAGAGCUGAGUAGUCUUAUCACCAACAUGCGGACAGCGGUGGGGGUGGGUGUGAAAGUAGAGGCACCAGCCAAGCCAUGGAUACCCACAGUAAGCCAGCCCACUGAGGCUGCCCAGCCCACUGAGGCUGCCCAGCCCACUGAGGCUGCCCUCAAAGAGCAGCUAAUCUACAGCAAGAAGACCCAAAGCCUAGUGGAAGCCCUCCAGCCUAAAUUACAGAAGGUGGAGCAGACCAUGGGUAGGAUGGUGUCCGAACUGCAGUCGGUGAGGGUGGCUGUCCAGUCUCGUCCCACAGAGAGACCCAUUAUAAGGGCGGAGGAGGUGCAGGUCUUGGAUGCGGAAGACGUUCUGAGCGGAUUGGCCGAAACGGAACAGAGGAUAGAGGCACAAAUGCAAAAAAACACGGUGUACAGCACAGUGCUGACAUACACCGCCUUUGCAUUGACACUACCUGUACUCUAUUUCAUAUUCAAAGGCAAUUGAGAAACAGUGAUAUAGGGGGUUAUACUGCAUCUACCUGUACAUACACUGGUACAAACAAUCAGAGAAAGCAAUAUUCAGUAUAUGCACACAGGCACACAGUUUCAGUAUUUCAAUGUAUAUGUGUCCGGUGUGAUCACAUAUAAUUGACGUAGUAGUAUGGAGGAUGGACAAAAAGACAGGUAUGGAAGGAAACAAUUGGGCACCUGUUCAUCAUUAUUGACUGUAAUAUCAGAUAUUUAUAUAUUACCAUCCCAAGAUUGUUCUCCCUUAAUUGUUUAUAGCUGUGUAUGUGGAGGUGAAACCCAUACUAGUGCAAGAAAUGUUACCUUUAGUGCAUUGUCGUUCUUUAUGCAGGUUUCAGAUUAUAGUCUUUGAAAGCAACACAUGCAAACUGUUUUUUUUUUAUAUGGAAGUAAUGUGAUUUUGAAUUCCUCUUGGGAACUUUCACAUCUUGUUCUAACUCGGGUGAAUUGCACCAUCAUUGUGAUCUAGUAUUGAAGAGGAUACGCUGUCGUCCUUUUGUCAAAGGAUCUCGGUCACUGUCUUAUCAUACCAGAGAUUAGGGACAGUUGUUUAAUUGAUUACUAAGCAUGGCGUAUCAGAAGGUCUCAGGGUUGAUUGAAUUUCAGGAAAAAGAAGGUAGAGUGAUCUACCUGUUUUGAACCCCAGGACAGUUGAUAGUUGAUAAUGCAGUUGAAUGACUAAGUAAGGAAGAGGUUCCCAGUAUAUGUAGGUAACUGAAAGGUCUCAAAUAGCUGGCCUCAAAUUGCUUUCAAAUAUUACAUACUAAAAUGUGUUUUAAAAAUCUGAGACUUGAAUCGGGGAUGACAGUACGCUUAAGGUAAGUACUUAUUGAGUAAAUGAGUCACUUUACUGAAUGCAUCAGACAUUGUCAAGAUGUUAAAGAAAUUAAAGAAACCAUUAUCCUCCCAGUUAAGGUGUUGCACUGGGGUUUCAUCAGUAUAGCCCACUUUGAUUUAAACCUCACUUACUAAUCUUUAUAGCGAUUGAUUGUGUGCACUUUAGUGCCCUGUGUUCCCAGUAUCAAAGGUCAUGUUAAACCCAUCCCCAGGGCCAGGUUCAA